AUGACUAUCCGAUCCUUGCGCAAAUCUUCUCCCCCUAAACUUUUAUUUCUCACUCUUUUGGUACUUUUUUCGACAUGUUUGUUUGGUAUCCUCACAAAUUACCGAACCUUAUCGUAUCUUUUUCGUCCUCUAUGGGAUAAACCACCUCCACCUUUCAAACGUAUACCGCAUUACUAUGCCGAGAAUGUCUCCAUGGGAAAUCUCUGUCAGCUCCAUGGUUGGACACUACGGUCUACACCAAGGCGUGUCUUUGACGCCAUUAUCUUCAGCAAUGAGCUCGACAUCCUCGAACUCAGGUGGCAGGAACUCGCGCCCUAUGUCUCAAAGUUUGUGAUCCUGGAAUCAAACACUACCUUCACAGGGAUCCCAAAGCCUCUCUUCUUCGACUCCAACAAGGAGAGAUUCGCUUUCGCAGAGGGUAAAAUUGUACACGGAGUUUUUCCUGGGAAAAAGCGUUCUCAGGGCCAACAAUACGAGGAUCCGUUUGUGUUGGAGGCACAACAGCGGGUUGCAAUGAACCGGUUGCUCAAAGAAGCCGGGAUAUUGGACGGUGAGGUGGUGAUUAUGUCGGAUGCUGAUGAGAUUCCGAGCCCUCACACUGUAAGAUUUCUACAGUGGUGCGAUGGGAUACCGGAUAAAAUGCAUCUCGAGAUGAGGGAUUACAUGUAUUCCUUUGAGUUCCCGGUUGAUUACAGCAGCUGGAGAGCAUCUGUCCAUAUUUACAGCAGGAAGUGGACUCAAUACCGGCACUCCCGGCAAACAGACUUGAUAUUAUCUGAUGCUGGUUGGCAUUGCAGCUUCUGUUUCAGACGUCUCAAUGAAUUCGUUUUCAAGAUGAAGGGUUAUAGCCAUGCGGAUAGAGUCAGGCGCAAGGAGUUUUUGGAUUAUUCGAGGAUACAAAGCCAUAUAUGUAAAGGAUAUGACCUAUUUGACAUGCUUCCGGAAGAAUACAGCUUCAAAGAGCUGAUUAGCAAAAUCGGACCUAUCCCGCCUUCUGCAUCAGCCGUACAUCUUCCUGCCUUUUUGAUUCAGAACUCUGCUCGCUUUCGGUUUCUGCUCCCGGGAGGCUGCCUCCGAGAACCCUAG